AAUUAUUAGUGAAAGGUUUAGAAACUGUAUUAGAGUUUUUAAUUGUUAAAGUGAUACUUCAACAAACACAUAUUUAGUAAAACUAAGAAGCUAUGAAUGAAAAUGAAAUUGAAAGUUUAAAAACCGAAUUGGAUCAUGAAAAAACAUGCAGAGAAGCAGCUGCGUGGCAAAAUGGUGAGCUCGAAAAACAAAUAGUAUGCAUACAGGAAGAUUUGCGCAAACCAGAUUUUCCUUGGGACUAUGACAAUGAUUUACAGAAGGAGAGUUCGCGACAUAAACAAUUACUGGAAGCUAUAGAGAAUUUACGAGACCAACUCCCUAUAUUGAGGGAUAAAAUAAGAAAUGCAAAAGUUUGUGGCCCAGACUGUAAACUGAAACAUGAUGAUUUGAAUAUUAACUUGGAUAUUCUGACUCCUGCGGAGCUUUUACGAACGGUGAAACGUUUUGAACGUCUGAAAACCGAUUUGGUUAGCACUUUACGAAGUAAAGAGUGGCGAUUGGAUUCAGAGUCUAAGUUAUUCGUGCGGGUGAAUGAUCAACGGACGUAUCUGCAAAAUGAACUUAUGAUUUGUCAAAAUAAUAUAAUGCGUUUACAAAGAAACGGCUCGUAUUGGCAGAAUAUUCCAAGAAAAAACGACGAGAGAGUACUGGACCCAAAGCGAGGACCAAUAAAGAAAAUAUUCUGUAGCGAUCGCCUGCCGCCCAUCGUCACAUAGAAUUCUAUUUCAUUAUAAUUAUCUUUCACACAUUACACAAUGUUUCAGAAUCGAAUAGAGCAAAAUGUAUGGAAUAUAUCGUCACUCGUGUUUAAUAGGAAUGUAGAACAUAGAGGUUAUUUAUAUACAGAGGAAAUAUCUAUAUGCGCAAAAAAUGAGCAAUGACCCUCAACCUCAUUUCAUCUAAUGAUCCCUUUAUGUAAUAAUACUUUUCAGCACAUCACCUAUUUUAUAUCUUGUAUUUUUUGCAUAAAAGAAAUUUGACUUUCGAUUUUAAAAUUAAUAUCAAAUCAUGGUUUCCAUGUUGCUGCUAUAUUUUUAAUAUUACUAGAAUCAAUGUAGGAAUAGGCUUUAGUUUCAGUAAAUUUUAAAUUAAAAAAUAAAAUAUUACAAGUCGGCCAACGCCCCCAAUAUUUUCUGGACUCCUCACUGACCCCCUCUAGGCCUUCAGCGCAUUGGGACGUUACCGCCCACUUUGAGAAAGACUGGCCUACAAUAUCAACUAUCAUAUUAUAUAGGCAGGGUAGUGCGAAUUUCUCUCUUUCUAAAAGUCGAACGCCUCAACGCAAAAGCAGAUAUUUAUUUUCUCUACUCUCUAUUACCUCUAUGAAGUAGACUGGUACAUAAUUGGACGUAGAAUAUAAUAUUUUUGACCACGUACACAGUUAGAAAGUACGUACGUUUUCUAACAUGUAAUUGGGUUUAAAUAAAUAGAAAUACAAUA